AUGACCGUCCCAAAAUGGAUUUUUCGACCAUAUGACGAGCAUUUCUCACUCCAGACCGCCUUGCAGCGUUAUCGAAACGAAACGGAUCCGCAAGUACGAGCCGAGAAGACGCGAGGGCUGGCCAAUCUGCUGGAAGUCAGAGCAGAAAUGGAGUUGUUGCAUCAAAAAAUGCAAGCCCUUGUCUGCAACGGAACCGUUUUGAAGCCGCAUUUUGCCGAUCUAUUUGCAUGCGUCAGCACGAACACUCGGACGAUUGGCGACAUCUGCCAAAAGGAAGCCGGCCACAUAAUCCACGGAUCCCCGGAUUGCCCUGAGAUCCCGAUGCGAAAAUGCGAACUGGCCUUGAUCGGCGAUAAGACAUAUGCCGCGCAUUUGAGCUGUACUGGAGCCAAACUUGCCGAGAUUUGCGGCGGACGUUAUACGGAAUUUGACAUGGCCAGAUUGACGUUGAUUGAGGCACAGCAGUCCAUGAUUGCGGUCACGAGGGAUAAGCGGCAGCCCAGCCACUGCGGCGCUGAAACGGUGGCCGCGAUGUACAAGCUGAUUUUUAUGAAGGCCCCUAAAGGGACAGAAGAUAUUUUUGGGCUU